AUGGCAGCCAACUCUGGUCUCGACUCAAAAGUUGAAUAUUAUCGGCUUCAAGAGAAUGAAAUUAUUAGCGCUGUAUCAAGUGAGGAUGCAGAUCAAAAUGAUGCGGGCUUUCGAUUGAGUACCAUCCAUUUGCAUUUGUUCCAUGGAUUGAAAUUUGCCGCUCUAUUGUUCACAGUGGUGCCUGUAUUUAUAAUCCUCGACAGUAUGAAGAUCAUUUUUCAACGCAAACGUAGGUUUUGCCUUGACCAUGUCAACAGAAGUUUUUUAAGACAAAGUUCUUGGAUCCUCGAUGAACGCAUCUGUCAAUACGUGCUCAAUCCUUUAUUUGUUUGUUUAUAUCCUUCUACAUUUUCUAGUCCAACAUAUGUCAAAUGCAACAUUCCUAUAGAAGAUCAGAAAUCUCCAGAAAACAAUAUUUUCCAAGACCAUCAAUUAAACGCACCCAAAAUAGUUAGCACAAAGUUUUAUCAAUAUGUUAUGCCGGAAGGAUUUGACCCCACGACAGAUCCAGUUUUAGUAUUCUAUCAUGGGGGUGGUUAUGCUCUUAAAUUGACGCCUACGUCGUUUUCUUUCUUGAAUAAUAUGCGAAAUGCCUUUCCUAAAAUGGCCAUUCUUGUACCAGAUUAUACCGUUACAGCUACCGAUGACCAGUCGAAAAAGUACCCUCUGCAAAUUUUACAAAAUGUGGCCAUUUUUGAUUACGUUGUUAAGACUAUGGGGUGCAAAAAUGUAGUGAUUAUGGGGGAUUCUGCUGGUGGCAAUGCUGUUUUGAACAUUGUUUUAUAUUUAAGAAAGUGUCACAGAGAAAUAUACCCGAAAAAAGUCAUAGCCAUAAGUCCCUGGGCCAAUGCCACUUUCUUCCACGAGGGAGAAAAGGAAUAUAUGCAAGGAACACAAGAAUGGGAUGGUCUAUGUUUGAAGAGUCAUUCGAUGUUUGGGCGAAUGUUUGUAGGAAACAACCCAAACGUCGAUUUUACCAGCGACCCUUUUGUUAAUAUUGAAAAGAAUUUCGAAACUAAAAUGUGGCAAGAUAUUCUGAAAAAGUGCUCUGUGAUGAUUACUUAUGGUAGUGAUGAGUUGUUGAGCUUUCAAAACAAGAUCUUGGCAAAGAAAAUGAGUGACGCUAGCGAGGGAUGUAACCACUUUACCGCCAAAAAUGUGCUGGUUGAACACCAAGGUUAUCAUACGGGCCCAAUAUUAAACUACUCUCGUAAUAUGGAUCGCUGGACCAACAUACCAUCUAUCGCUCGCAUUCUUGAGUUUAUGCAAUCCUGA